AUGCAGAUCCUGCCGCUUUCCCUGCUUGUCAGUUUUCUGGCUCUGCAGGCCGUCGCCACCGAGUCCAUCAAUCAAUCCGGCACGCCUGAACCCGUAGAAGACGCAAAAGAUGGUUAUGAGAAGUUUAAAAGACAGCACAUAGAUAAAAAAGUGACGGCACAGAAAUGCACGCCGGUGAUGAAACAGAAGGUCAUCUACAACAACGACAACAGCUGUAAGAAGAAAAACACGUUUAUUCAGGCUGCUGAGAAGGAGGUUAAAUCCGUCUGUAAGGGUCAAGGCGUUUAUAAUGACCAAACUCAUUUCACAGAGAGCAAAAAAAAGUUCAGCGUUGUCGUUUGUAAACUCAAGAAACAGGGCAAGAAACCAAAAUGUGAAUACGGGGGGAAACUUUUCAGUAACAGGACCAUUGUUGUGACUUGCCAAGAAGGUUUACCUGUGCACUAUGAAAAAGAUCACGCUUAA